ACCGUACAGUGAACACACACUCACGCACACACACAACCACUUGCUCAGGAGCUCUCGUUUGUCACAAACACACGUACACUAAAUUGUUGAAACCAGCAGGCAGCUCCAGCGAAGUUAUCAGUAAGACGCGUCUGUCCUCUUUCCCGCCAUGAAGUGUGUGGUUCUGGCAAUCUGCAGCGUGCUCCUGCUAGCUGCGUUGGCAACGGCACAAAAUACCACAGCAGGCGACUCAACAGCAUCAGGAGCCCCACCGUCUUCAUCAGCCGCGCCUGGCAGCACUACGGCAGGUGCCCCGUCACCAUCAUCUAGCGCAAACACUGAACAACCAGGCACCAGCGCCGCCACCAGCGCCCACACCACCCCUGCCACCACAGCCAGUGGCGCAACAGCACAGAUGGGCUCCCUCGCCUCCUGUCUCCUCCUGACCUCCGUCGCCAGCGGCAUCGCCCUGCUGCUGCUGCUGUGAGGAACAAACCCUACACCACGCACGCACACACACACGCACACACACACACACAUACACACACUCACAUACACACUCACACAGAGCCCAAGACUGAUCCGGAAAAAAGUGCCUUGAUGGUCACCAGAAUGAGGGAUAAAAAGUUCUUGAGCUUAUAGUGAAUGUUAUGCAAGGCCACAUAGGCUAAACAAUUUUCAAUGAAAGCAACGUUAUACAUUUUAUUUUGAUUUUGGGUUUUUUUUUGUAGAUGUUUGCAUAUCAUCUGUAAAUAAGAGUUAUUUUCUCCUCGUAUGAUUGUAUUUUAAUAAUGUAAUGAGUAGAGGUCUUAUGCAUAUUGAUUUUGCACAUAUAUAUGCUAUUGUUCUUAAUAAUGCACUUUUCCAUAAGCUGUAAACCACAUAAAUAAGGACUCUCAACUCUGUACUGUACAGCACUAAUCUCCUGUGCCUUAUGUUUGAAUCAUGAAUAAAAGAAAUGCCUUUAUUACCGG